AUGGCGGAUAUUCUUUUUAAUGAUACAUCGUCUGUAAAGAAAAAGAAAUCAGGUCUUGCAGGAAAAAGUACAGGUUUCUCUAAAUCUAAGGUUGAAUCAAAUCCAGCGUUAAACUUGUUCGGAAAUGAUGAUUUGUUUGCUUCAAAGCCAAAAGAGAAAAAAGAUGAUCUUUUCGGACCAACACUUAAGCGCGAUUCCUCUAAAGAUGUAUUAAAUACGAAGAAAACUGAAAAACCAAAUGAACUUGUCGAAAAUUUCCUGAAAAGCCAUCCAGCACUUCAGGAAUUUGUCAGGCUCUCCCCAAUAGCAGAGUUUGGUCUUACGCAAGAGCAAAUUCAAGAAAAGAUUCAGCAAUCAGCUCAAAAUGAUUUUGCUCGCUUCAAAAACAUCACACCUAUUCUUUUUGGUCAGCAGACCCGCGUCGAUACCCUCAUAGAAAAGAUUAAUAAGAAAUAUGCUAAUCAAAAAGUUCCAUUUGGAGCUUCUCUCAACAGAAGAGGCUUGCAUAGCUUGACUUACACUCUUAGAGUUGACCGUGUUGAGCUUUGUCGCGAUAACAUCGAUCGCGUAUCAGAGAUAUUGCAAUUUAUCGGACAUUUAAUCAACAUUUUUUCAUCUUCGACAGUCACCCAGGAGCUUAGAAUCGACAUUAACGGCCUUGAGCAGGCAAUUACUAACUUCGAAGAAACGAACCCUGAGUACAUCAAGAUGUCACGAAUAAUUCAUCAAGUUGACAAAGAAGUAAAGAAAACUGAGACUAUUGAUUCCUCGUGGCCAACGAUUCGUAAUAUUGUUGGAAAGCUUUUUAACCCUCAAACUGGUUACUUCCCAGAUUUAGGAACUGCUGAAUCGUUAUUCGAAAUUUUUGUUCAGAGUUUCCCAACAGAAAUCAAACAGAAGCUCGAUAAAUUAAUUGAUCUCUCAAUUUCCCAUCCAAAUGCUAUCGGAAAAGCUAUUCUUACCCAAUCAAAAGAAGUUAUGAAAUAUUACGAUAUUGAUUCAGACCAAAACCUGCAAUACAUGUUUAUCUUGUUCGCGCGCUACUUCUUCUCCCAGAUUUAUCAAUCUACGAUUGGACCAAAUAUUCUUUCAGCAGAUAUCUCAACUUUUACAGCCAGAAUUGUUUCCCUCCGUAAGCUUUCCCCUAUCGGCUUCGGUUUCUCCGGCAAUUUCCUCCCAGAAAACCUCAAAGGACUCACAUUGGAAUCAUUCCCAGCUGACAACCCUUACAAGGAAGCUAUCGGCUGCUUCGAGUUGAUCCAGUUCCAGUAUUGUCCUCUUGACUUCUGCAGAGCCGUCCAUGAAGCCCUUAAGACAAUUCAAUCAAUCGCAUCUGAAAUUUCUUUCGAAAUCAAAACUAACGCAAACAACGGUAAAAUUUACGCAAAGAGUGAUCACCUACUUUGUCUCGACGAUCUCUUCGAUAUUUCCCUCAUUGUACUCGUACUCGCUGCUCCGGUCAGCCUCAAGGCCAUGGUCGAGCAGUUCGAGCCGUAUAUCGAAUCCCUUGAGAUGACAGCUGAACUUGAAUUUGCUUUUACAAAUAUUUCCGCCAUGGUCAAGCAUAUCAUGGAAAUGGAUAUCUCCAACUUCAUGAAUGCGGCCAAGGAAAGAACUAACCAAUUUGUCGAUAUUGAUCCUCUUAGAAUUAUGUCAUGA